GGCGACCGCUCCACGUCGUCGUCCGACCGGCUCGUUACGGGGUUAUCACUGUCCCAUGCCUCUUUCGCUCGGUUAGGGUUCCUUUCCGAGCUCUACGAUCAGUCCUCUCUUGCAAGUCCGCAGUCGGCAUGAAGCUCUCCUUCAACGCCUCCAAGAAGCCUCCCAAGCCGGCGGCCAAACCCCUCUCCACCACCUUCGGCUUGGCCGACGACGGCGAGGCGCCAUCUUCAUCGGCGCGCGAGCAGAUCACCCAAUUCGAUUCCUCCGAUGCCCCGGCGGAUGACGCAAGCCGCAGGGUUAUCCCACCGAAGCCCAACGAAUGGCGCCCCACCAAGAAGAUGAAGAACCUCGACCUGCCUCUGCAGCCGGACCCCGCCUCCGAAUCCUCCUCCGAUCUCUCCCGGUUCCAGCCCCAGUCAAGGUCCCUCGACGAUGAGGCCAACGCCAGUGCCGUGUCGUACGGCCUCACUGUCCGUCAGAGAGAGAACGGCGGCGGCGACGAGCUGUUGGGGGACGACGGCGAGGUCAAGCCCGAAGCGCUCGGAAAAUCGAGGGUGGAUGAUUCCAGGCUAAAACUGAGAGAGGAAAUGGCAAAGUUGGGGAAUGAUCCAGGGUACGACGACAUGCCCGUCGAGGAAUUUGCGGCCGCGUAUCUUAGGGGUUAUGGUUGGCAAGAGGGGAAAGGGGUGGGGAAGAAUGCCAAGGAGGAUGUUCCGCCUAGGCAGGUUGAGAAGAAGAGGGGUCGAGAGAGGUUUGGGCUUGGGUUUGAGCCCCUUGAGCCAGUGCGGGAAGAGAAGGCCAAGGGGAGGGAUAGUCGGGGAGGUGAAGGGAAGCUUCGAGUGGGUAAAGAGGUGAGGAUUGUUGGGGGAAGUAGAGAAGACUUGUUUGGAUUGAAGGGAAAAAUUGUGGAAGUAGUGGGCAGCGAAUCGGUGAUUCUGAAUCUCUCAAGGAGAGAAGAGGAAGUCAAGGUCAGGAUCACAGAUCUCACUGAGUUGGGUUCUGCUGAGGAAGAAAAGUUUUUGAGGAAGAUGAAGGAGCUUCGAAUUAAGAAUGAUAGCACUGGAAGUCGUAGAAAGAGUGGAAAUGAAGUGAAGAGAGAUGUUCGAAAUGGUGGAGAUAAGAGGGGUGACAGUGGUAAAGCUGGAUGGCUGAUGAGUCACAUUAGGGUUAGAGUGAUCAGCAAGGAUUUGAAAGGUGGGAGAUUGUAUCUGAAGAAGGGAAGGGUGGUUGAUGUGGUUGGACCGAAUGUAUGCGAUAUAUUGAUGGAUGAGAGCAAAGAACUUAUUCAAGGUGUAGAUCAAGAAUAUCUUGAGACUGCAUUACCCAAGCGUGGGGGUUCGGUUUUCGUUUUGUCUGGUCGUUAUAAGGGUGUCCAUGGGAGUCUAGUGGACAGGGAUUCUGACCGAGAUACUGGUGUUGUCCGUGAUGCUGAUAGUCAGGAGUUGUUCAAUGUGCGGCUUGAACAAAUUGCUGAGUAUGUUGGAGAUCCAAGCUUAAUGGGAUAUUGAUUUGCUUGAUGCCUCAACCGUGUCAGAAAGAAGGGGUUUAGGCUGGUAUUUGCUCAUGGAGAAUUGGAUCGGCUACUGUGCAGGGAUGGGUAUAUGAUGCAUGUGAGUUGCAGAGAUAUGGCUAGUAGUUGCUGAACACCUAAAAAGUUAUGAGGAGCAGCAGAUGACCGCCCAAGAUUUGAUACGAAUACUUACCUACGUAUUCUGUGAACCAUCUGCAUUUGGAUCUUCACAACCACAAUUGCGGGUACAUUCAUUUGUGUGCAUGGCUCUGCGACGGGAUAUCAUCCCAUCAACAGUUGGGUGUCGGUUGAUUUCGAUUUGUAUUAUUGACAUCCAGGUUGCCAUAAGAAUGAGAAGACUGGAUGCUGCUAUGUAACUUGUUCGAUUACUUCCAGGUGAUCAAAGUGAAGAGCUUCUCGCUUCCGUUGUUUCUGUUUCUUUUCGAGGGUCCCUUACUAGAGGAGAAACAGAGGUUUGUUGUAUUUUCCUCCACUGUGCAGACACAAUAUUUACUUCUGCGGGCAUUGUGGCACGGUUUUAUCCGGCGUUCAUGCUGGGCAUGCAUUGAGUUUGUUCACAG